UGUGCACAAAAUGGACGUUUUUAUAUUUGUCGGCGUUUGAUCUUUUAAAGCAAUGUAUAUUGAAAAUAAUAUAAUUUAAUAAGAGAUAACUGCAUAAAACAAUAGUUAAGAAUAUAUUGUCUAUGUUACCGGCAUAUAACUUUUGCACCUGUUGUGAAAGUAUUCAAUAAAUCUGUUAAACUAAGAAGAACUAAAGAUGAGCACAUCACCGAAAUACUACCUCCUUCUCUUCACCACUGUGGUUAUAUACUUUUGCACAUCAAAGUUACUCUUCGACAAAGUAUAUGAGACACUACAUAUAGUCAUAGACGAGCUGUUCCACAUCCCACAAGGCUUGGCGUACUGUGAACGGAAUUUCACAUACUGGGACCCGAAAAUCACAACUUUACCGGGGCUCUACCUGGUGUCUACAGCAUUCCUCGGCUCCUAUUUCUCCUGCAACACUUACAAUUUACGUUUCCUCAACCUCAUUGCGUCCUGCAUCAACUUAAUUCUAUUCUCAUCUAUUCUAAAAUUUGUAUAUGGCAACACUAGUCAUCUUAAAACAGUGUGGCAAGCCUUAAAUUUAGCAUUGCUACCACCAUUGUAUUUCUUUUCGCACGUCUAUUACACUGAUACUAUAUCUUUAACAUUCCUAUUGGCGAUAUCUGGCUUUGUUAAUUCGUCUAAAUCAUUGAUUUUCUUGUUCAGUAUAUGCAGUGUAUUAAUGAGACAGACGAAUAUAGCUUGGAUAGCUAUGUUAUUAGGUCACAAAAUUGUUUACAACUUUAUAAAGAGUUCUAGAGUAUUUGGUAACCAGUAUAUAAGUCGCAUAUCCUUUAUAAGACAGUCCAUUAUAGCUCAAGACAUUGAUACAUCGAAAUUGAAACGUUACUAUGGGGUGUUAGAUUUCUUUCACGCUUACAACUACCAUAGGUCAACAUAUUUCGCUAAUAUCAUUAAAUAUGUAACUGCAAAUGACUUUCUAGACAUAUUAAUGCACAGUGUAACUUUAAUUUUAUUUGCUAUAUUCGUUUAUGUCAACGGUUCGAUAGUUGUUGGAGAUAAAACGGCUCAUACAGCAUCCAUACAUAUACCCCAAUUACUAUAUUUCCUAAUUUUCUACGGUAUAUUUGCAUUACCGUAUGUUUUGGCGAAGCUGCAAACAACUAUAAACCUUAUAUUCACUAAUAAAUUAAAAGUUAUAAUUCUAAGUACAAUAUUUGCACUUACGAUUCAUUAUAACACAAUAGUUCAUCCUUAUUUGCUAGCAGAUAAUCGGCAUUUCACGUUUUAUAUAUGGAAUAGAUGGUUCGGUAGAUACGAUUUUGCUGUAUAUGCAACUCUACCUGUAUAUAUAUUCCUAUUAUUCAGUUUAUAUGAUAAUUUAAGGGAACAGAACUGCAUAUCAUUCUUGCUACCAUACACCGUUAGCUUAUGUCUAGUGUUAUCUCUCCAAAGAAUGAUAGAAGUGAGAUAUUUUCUAGUUCCUUUCAUAAUAUUGAGGUUGCGUUUUGUUAGACCGUCGUUCAAGAUCAUCAUAUUUGAGUUUGUAUGGUAUUUGAUAUUGAAUGUUGCCAUGUUUUAUGUGUUCUUUAAUAAGGAGGUUGUGUGGAAGGAGUUUGAUUAUCCUCAGAGAAUUAUUUGGUAAUUUUUAAGUGUCAAAACCUAUUUUUUAAUAUAUGAUAAUGGAAUGGUGACCACGUCUGCUCCAGCAGUAUACGCUGGCGGGGCACCAGUGGAUGAUAUAAUCAUUCUGGCAUGAAUGGAUCAUUCUAGUAAGAAUUUACCGGUAAUGAACUAUGAAGGUUUCAAGAUAUCGCGCUGGUCGACCUGACAUAGAACAAUUCAAAUUAAAAAUAUCUUUAUUCAUGUAGGUCUAUUACAGACUUAUGAUAUGUCAAAUCUACCGUCAGUUCGGAAUGAUUUCAAGAUGAGAACUGACAAGAAACUCAGCUCGUACUUUUAAAUAAAUGUUGUACAUGUUUAUAAUAAUACAGAGUCAUUUAAAAUCAAAUUUGGGAGAAUAAAGUGACCACUAGCAUA